AAAUUUAAUUUGACCCCCAUUGACUCUACUCUAUUUGAACUAUGUAGAACCUUCUACUGAUAUUGAUCGCUUAUCCCCAAACAUUAUCAAAAAUACACAAGUGUCCCUUUUAGGGUACCAUAACACCUAUUCAAGAGCCUAUGCGACCCAUAAAGUAAUUCGAAUACUAUUAAUAGAACAACGCGACGGAAAUACCAACUUGUAAAGGAGAUGAAUAGUGGAUGGUAUCUAUUUAUGAGAAAUGAACAAAUAGUUUUGGAAUUGCUAGUAUGGUACAAUCUAGUUUUGGGAACAGUGAUGUUACACUCCCCAAACUAAACUUUGUUGUGGAGGAUAUAAUGAUGUGUAAGUGUGCAGUAUCGCCGGAAGUUGACAAUACUCUUUUUAUAGAAACUCUGUUUAAUCUGUUACAUAGGUAAGUAGAACAUGCUCUGAUCCAAUGAGUUGGUGUCACACUGGCUGACUUCGGACAUAAGAUGUGAUAUUCAUGUGCUGGUCACAGUACAGCUAAAAUAAUCUUUGAACAAUAUGGGCGUGUUUUCAAAAGAACAGAUGAACAAUGCGUUGCUGGGAAUGUACGUGGGAACGCGAGGUCCUAAGACAUUACGAAAGUGUAUUAUAGAUCAGUUGUUUACGUAUCAGAUGUGGAGGAAUGAGGAAACAAUACGGGCACAUCUAGAUGCUGAUAUGGUCCUAUUGGUAUUUCCAGAAGGUCAACCUGUCCCUUCACUAGAUGACCUAGAUGAUCUAGUAGUUAAAGACAUCGGUUGUUUAGCGUUUGAUUUGUCUAAAAACGAACAAGAAAUUGGCAAACUACGUUAUUCAAUUCAAGUUUUAUUGGAAGGUCCUAUCUUUCAUAAAUAUUUGCAAUCAAGAGAAAAUCGAUUUCGUAAAAAGAAUGGCGACAAAAAGCUACUAAGCAAAAUCCAGUUUGCCAAACUCUAUCCUGAGAGUGGUCACCCGAGUAUAUUUGACUUAGACAUCACCGUACUGUGCUUCAUAUUGUUCGAAGGAAUGGAUUUUAGGCCAAUAUCCGACUUUCAUAAACUCCCGUUGGAAAGUGUUAUAACCGAAGCCGAUGACAUGUUACGGAUUAAGAUAUGCAGAAAUAUUCUCGUUCAUCAGCCAGUUGCUGAAAUAAGUGAUGAGGACUUCGAUACAUAUUGGGGUUGUUUAACGGGGGCAUUUGAACGAUUAUUAAAAAAUCCACGUGUUCGGCGGGAAAGCGAGGAACUCAAGUCUUUACGACUUCCUGAUGAAAAGGUGGAUCAGUUUCAGGCCAUGAUACAGAGAUGGCGUAUGGAUGAUCAAGGCGAACGAAGAGAACAUCUAGAGCAGAUAACAGACAUUGUGACACAAACCGGCUUACAUACAGAAAGUGUUAUCAAAGCCACCGGAACGCAGAUCGUAGAGAACCAGAAUGAAAAAUACGAGAAACUUGUGAACUUGCUGAAGCAAAGAAAUUCGAAGAGCCGAAAAGUACAAAACAAAGAGUUCCAGAGGUCGUUUCCGUUACGGAUUCAUGGUCACGACAGAUUCAAACAGGUGUGUCACUUCAUGCACGAAAGUGGCAUCGAGUACACGCUUCCUACGGCGUCCAGCACUGACACAUCACCGAAUAGUGACAGCUCAAAGAGUUCUGAUCCCGACGUUCUUCCAUUCGAGAUAGACAGGGGAAAUGCUGUUGAUAAAAUGUCUCCCUACCUUGAUCAGUAUAGCCGAGGAGAUUGUAUCGAUAGUGAGUGCCGAGCCAGCGGUGCAACAAACACAAGAAGGGUUUCUGCUGUCAGAAAAAAAAAGGCCGUGGAAACGGAAUUUAAGUGCAAAACAGAUGCGUACUCAAGAAAACAGAUCUCCAAGGCCUGGAAAUGCAAUACAUACCGGCACCAAGUUGCAGUUGUCUACCAAAAGUGGUGACAACACACUGGACGGAAACUCGUCACUCCGGUCACUGGACGGAAACACGUCACUCAGGUCACUGGACAGAAGUACAUCAGACAAAUCAUUGGUCCAGCCACGUAGACAACAUAUGCCACCUUUUUUAUACAAGAAUCGAAUAGAAAUCUGUUAUGCGGUCAUGGUUUUAGUAAUGGUAGUCGUUAUUACCA